AUGUCGGUGAACAAUCAAACCCCCUCCGCGGACACUUCAUUCUCCCAACCCGCCGACCAAGCGUGUGCAGCGGAUUUCGAACACCUGAAUCACCGAUUGAAACGAUUGUCCGACCAGGUCCUCCCCCUGCAUCCAUACUUGCUGACCCUCCCCACGAAUGCGCCGUAUCGCCUCCGCUCUGCCAACACCAAUUGGGCCGUGGGACCGGGUCGGCCCUUCAGCCCGGACGAGGAGGACCUUCAGUACAUGACCUUUCUCACCCAUCACAACACCGAUUCUCUGUUGGUCGCCGUGGGCGACUGGUCCGACGACUCGGGUCGCAUGAUGCUUGAUCAACCCGCGGUGUCGAGGUCCACCGCCGAACUGCAGCCACCGCGAGAGAACGCGGUCAAGAAAAAGAAGAAGAUCAGCUUGAACGAUUACAAGGGGGCGGUCCCAUCUCCUUCCCCCGCAGUGCAGGAUCAGAGGAGUCGCGAACAUUCCAACGUCGACCGGCGCGACGUUACAGCGCGCGCUCCCAGAGCCGACCCGAUCAAGAAGAAUCUCGAAGUUCCCAUGAAGCCCGACAAGCCUGAACCACGUCCGUCGAACUCCUCCAAUCCCUCCAAACCCACCCCAUUGGAGCCUCCCCCGCCGGCGAAGACGGCGAAGAAGCGGCCUCCAACGUCGGAGCCCGAGCCACAGACGACCGAGACCAACAAGGAACCCAACAUGCAGACCUCCAAAAAGCCGCGAUUAUCACCCGAGAAAGGAUCGCGCAAAGACACCCUCCCGACUAAAACAUUACCAACCCUCCUCUCUCCCACACUUCCACCGUCACCGGCGCCGGACCCCGGAUUUGCGCCGCGACUGCCUCGGUUACUUUCUCCGACUUUGCCUCCCGAGAUUGAAAAGGAGCUCGCCCAGCUCAAGGAAAAUUCUCCCGGUGACAUUUCUCCCAAGUGUGAGGUUCCGGCCACGAAGACAAAACGCGAUGAGCUUACUCACGCGCAAACACCUACAUCGUUGGUCAGCAGUAGCAAUUCCACGACGCAGAGCAGCCGUGCGAAUAGGACAAUUAAAGAUAUAGAUCGUGGCUCGGGGCGGUCGUCGGCCAUAGUGAAAUUGCGCUAUGGACGGCUCAAUCGAAAACGAGUGGACAGUCUGCUCAGACUUUCUGGUAAAAGGAAAGCACAGCGUGUCAACUCGCCCUCGGCUCACGAUGCCGAUGCUGACGAGGCCCGUCAGGCGGAGAGGACGAAGGCUCCGGAACCUGCCCGCGGAGGAGGAGCAGGAGGAGGAGCAGGAGGAGGAGCAGGAGGAGGAGCAGCUCCAGCCGAACGAACAAAAUCCAAAAUCAAGCACGAAGCAGACGAGCCGACGCCGAGCUCCACGAGCGUGCAUGCUGCUCGCACAAAGGAAACGAAGCAAUCAAUUGAGAGGCCCCACUUGUCGGUGCCGGAUAGGUCCAGGGUGACCUCUUCUACUACAGUGAAAGAUACAAAGGCAGCUCCCGCAAGCCGUCGGAAUGAAUUGCUCGAUGUUGCCGACAACAAGACGCCUGCGACGCAGGUUUCACGGCGACCUUCAACCGAUCCAGCGAUAAAGGGAUCUCCCGCUCAACCAGACCGUUCACGAAACCAUGAGCGACGAGAGCAAGAGCGACGAGGAUGGCAGGAAGAUUUCAAGACGUUCACGAAAAUGGGCCGGGAACUGAAACACGCCGCUGAUCGAUUCAACAGUGGACCCUCAACGGCGGAUGAGAAACUGGCUGUUGUUACUGCCAUUGAAGCCGUCAUGUGUUUUGUUCUCGCUUUCGUCGCCGAUGACCAAGGCAAGGCGCUUUUCCGGCAAAGCGUAGAUUCGUCCACAUGGCGAUCCAUCAUUGCAUAUUGGCGCGUUGUCUACAAGAACAGCUCCUCCUUCCCGGUGCUACAAAGUCUAUGCCAACUUCUAGGCGCAGUUUCCUAUGACACCAUCCACGCCUUGGACUUGGAACGUCUUGCCGUGACUCCAAUCCCAGGAGAACAAGAGCCCGUUCCCACACCUGGCAGUGACGGAAAUGGAGUCUUGACUGACGACAGCGCCAGCAAAAAGAGCUAUAAAGAAUUUGUCGAAUUGAAGGCUCGUCUUCCUGAAUACUUUCGAGAAUCACAGAAGCUUUGGCUGGACGCGUCUCGAGGUCUUUCAGAAGACAUGCUGAGUCGGGACUUUCCAUUAACUUGGGCUCGUCGCUGUCAUCGGCAUGCGGAACGCGGGAAGACCUCGUUCCGCGCGGGCCACUACUCCGGAGAUUAUUACCUACCCUUUGGAGCGGUCACGCCUCCUAUAGAAGUUGUUCGAUUCGGCUCGAUUCUUUUGAAAGAAUGGUGUACACGUGAAGGAGUCGACUGGCAAGGUCGACUGAAACUUUGA